AUGGAGAUUGUUUAUGUAUACACAAAGAAAAGAAGUGAGUUUGGCCGACAAUGUAACUUCACUGAUCGUCUGGCUGAACUCCAUGUGGACAUUCCGCCAGACCCAUAUUUGGCUAAGGAGUUUGUGGAACGGAAUCCAGUCCAUCGAGGAAUCCAGUGUGUACCAGAAAUGUCAGAACAUGUGACAAACACUGAGAGUUAUGAAUAUGAAUAUCGAGGCAUCAACCACAAAGAGGGAGGCUGGCCAAAGGAUAUCAACCCACAAGAAGUAGAACAAGUGAUGAGAUACAGAAAGAAAGUGGAGAAAGAUGAAGGAUAUGUUGGUGCCAUCAUUAAUUUGGGAACUGUGAUGGAGCAUUGCAUCAAACAAAACAAUGCUAUUGACAUUUAUGAAGAAUAUUUUGAUGAUGUUGAAAUGCAAGACACAGAUGACAUACCUUCAGCCAAGACCAUCAAUCUUUUUCGAGAUCCAAAUGAAGUGAAGCGUACAGCAGCUCACAUUUCUUGGUACCCUGAUGGGCCGAGCCGAUUAGCUGUGGCCUACUGCAAUCUUGAAUUUGAGAGUUCCAAUCCUAGAGCCUCCAUGCAGUCAUAUAUUUGGAACGUUGAAAACACAAACAAACCAGAAAUGGCUCUUCAUCCUCCUUCUUCCUUGGUUUGUGUAGAAUACAACCCCAAAGAUUCACACAUUCUUUUAGGAGGCUGUUAUAAUGGACAGGUUGGUUACUGGGACACAAGAAAGGGAACAAGCCCAGUAGAGAUGUCACCAGUGGCACAGAGCCAUAGAGAUCCUGUACACAAAGCCAUCUGGGUCCAGUCGAAAACUGAUCCUACCAAGAAACAGGACCCAACCAAAGUACAAGGUGCUAUAUGCUUAGAAUAUGAACCAACUAUUCCAACAAAAUUUAUGGUUGGUACAGAACAUGGAACUAUUAUUUCCUGCAACCGAAAAGCUAAGUCUGAUGCUGACAAAAUCGUCACAGUCUAUUCAGGCCAUGCAGGACCUGUGAAUGCUCUUCAAAGGAAUCCAUUCUUCCCAAAGAACUUUCUAAGUGUGGCUGAUUGGCAAGCCCAGAUUUGGUCUGAAGAAAGCAAAGAAUCAAGUAUUAUGAAGACAAAGCAGCAUUCCUCUUACCUGACUGAUGGUUGUUGGAGUCAUGUUCGACCAGCUGUCUACUUCACAACCAAAAUGGAUGGGACCCUUGAUAUCUGGGAUUUAAUAUUCAAACAUAAUGACCCAACUUUGACCAUUCAGGUGUGUGAUGAAUCCUUACAUAGCCUGCGAGUCCAAGAACAUGGGAAGUUGGCUGCAUGUGGCUCCCACAGUGGCACUAUAACUCUGCUAGAACUCUCUAGCAGGUUCUAUUGCAUGCAAAAGAAUGAGAAAAACAUAAUUACUGAGAUUUUUGAUCGAGAAACAAAAAGAGAAAAGAUUUUGGAAACUCGACACAAAGAAAUGAAGUUGCGAGAGAAGACAAAAAGUUCAGGGGAUAAAGAUCAUCAUGAGGAGGAACAUGAUGACUCAGAAGGGGAAGAGGAUUUGGUGGAAAAAGCAGAAGAGGAAUUCUGGGAAAGCAUCAAGAAAGACAAACAGAAAAAAGAAGUUAUAAAUACCGAAGAAAAAGAAAAAAUUAUUAUAAAUACCGAAGAAAAUGAGAAAAUUGAUGACACCAUAACUGAAAAAAAUGAAGAUGAAACUGAAGAAAAUUAA